UCACAAUGCCUGAACCACAAGCCAAGGCUGCGCCCAAGAAGGGUUCCAAGAAAGCCGUCACCAAGGCUGCCGGCAAGGGCAAAGGAAAGAGGAGAAAGGCCAGGAAGGAGAGCUAUGCCAUCUACGUGUACAAGGUGCUGAAGCAGGUCCACCCUGACACCGGCAUCUCGUCCAAGGCCAUGAGCAUCAUGAACUCCUUCGUCAACGACAUCUUCGAGCGCAUCGCUACUGAGGCUUCUCGUCUGGCUCACUACAACAAGAGAUCCACCAUCUCUUCCAGGGAGAUCCAGACCGCCGUGCGUCUCCUGCUGCCCGGCGAGCUGGCUAAACAUGCUGUGUCUGAGGGCACCAAGGCUGUCACCAAGUACACCAGCUCCAAGUAAAUCGAUCUCUUGAUUUACACACCUAACGGCUCUUAUAAGAGCCACCCACUUUUACUGAAGGUUCACGUUUCUGCCUAUCCUUCAAGUGUUCUAC